CGUAUACAGCACGCACUCCUAUUGGCCCACCGCCACACCUGCUCCCAUUAGCUCGGGCAGGCUACUCCUUGCACACUCCGGUACCUAUAAAACCAGCCCCCACACCCCAUGGUUGGUUGGUUGGUUGGUUUAUAGCUAUCUAUCUACUUCCAGAGAUUCCUGGGGCCGAAUAUCAGCUGAAUAUGGGUAGAGAGGGAAAAGAAAGCACAUCGAACGCCCUUGCAGUUCAGUUGGAUGCACAGGGAAAGGUAAAAUAUUAUAUCCUGGCACGUCAUGGACACACAAAGAACAAGAUUAUCUAUUGGAAACUAACAGACCUUCUUCCAGCUGAAGUGGUGGCUGAGGAUGAUCCAAGCCUGGAAAGACCAUCAGAAGAUGAUGUGCGAGACACUACUGAGAAGACUCGUCUUGCCUUGGAACUUCUUACACAUACAAAGAUAGCAGCUGCUAUGCCAGUUAGGUGUGCAGAAAGAGCAGGUCCUGCACAAUACAUUCGUUACACACCGUCUCAGCAGGGGACUGCCUUCAAUUCAGGUGCUAAGCAACGGGUUAUUCGAAUGUUGGAGGCUCAGAAGGAUCCCAUAGAACCACCAAAGUUCAAGAUCAAUAAGAAGAUACCUCGUGGACCUCCCUCACCACCUGCUCCAGUAAUGCACUCUCCAACGAGGAAGGUAACUGUUAAGGAGCAGAAGGAAUGGAAGAUUCCACCAUGCAUUUCCAACUGGAAGAAUGCUAAGGGAUAUACCAUCCCACUGGACAAACGACUUGCUGCAGAUGGACGUGGCUUGCAACAGGUUCAUAUUAAUGAGAACUUUGCCAAACUGGCGGAGGCCUUGUAUAUUUCUGACAGAAAGGCACGUGAAGCUGUGGAGAUGCGAGCUCAGCUGGAGAAAAAGCUGGCACUGAAAGAGAAGGAGAAGAAGGAAGAACAUUUGCGACAACUUGCGCAAAAGGCCCGUGAGGAACGGGCAGGCAUCAGAACUCAGGCAGCUGCUGAUAAGGAUGACGAAAUUAGGGAGCGUGAUCAGUUGCGUUAUGAGCGUCACAAGGAUCGUCAGCGUGAACGCAACAUUGCUAGAGCUGCUCCCGAUAAGAGGUCAAAGCUGCAGCGUGAUCGAGAACGAGACAUCAGUGAACAAAUUGCACUAUGUUUGCCAGCCAAAAACAUAUCUGGUGGGGAGAUUCAAUUUGAUCAGCGUUUGUUCAACACUACAAAGGGUAUGGAUUCUGGGUAUGGGGAUGAAGAGUCUAAUAACGUGUAUGAUAAACCAUGGCGUGAAGGUGGCAGUCUUGGCGCACAUAUCUACCACCCUAGUCGGAACUUGGACAAGGACGUGUAUGGAGAUGAUCUUGACAAGUUUAUUAAGACCAAUAGGUUUGUGCCUGAUAAAGAAUUUAGUGGCACGGAUCGUACAGCUACAAGAAGUGGACCUGUUCAGUUUGAAAAGGAAGAGGAGGAUCCUUUUGGCUUGGACCAGUUCUUGACACAGGCUAAACGUGCGAACAAGCGUCCCAAGGAUGAUCGGGAUCGACGAGGUGAAGAACGUGAUAAGCGUAAACGGAGAGAAUAAUUGUAGGUCAUAAAUAUUUGGACUGCCUGCCAAAUGCAACAAAUAAAAAAUAUUUUCCAUGAAGUUAUUUUAAUGUGAUUGAGUGAACUAUGGAUGGGACAAUUUCAGACUGUGUUAGUAUGUGAAUGUAAACAUAUUGGCUGAAUUUAGUACACACCACCUAUUAUACCAGGUCUUAUACUGUAAAUGAAAGUAUACAAUAAAUAUCUUAGAUGCUUUGAAAGUAGACAA